AUGCCCUUCCGGAUCCCCCAACCGAUCACCAAACCCCCACCCACACCCAAACCAAAACCCACUCAACCCCAACUCCCCUCACCCCCACACUACACCCUCACCCCCACCCAUCCCUGCUUAGCCACCUUAGCCGCCCGCCUAGCCUACACAUCCGAGCCCCGCUUCCUACCCAACGGCGAACUCACACGCCCAGACCCCAUGCCCGGCUAUAUCCCUGUGCAGCACGACGACCGGCUGCCACAGCAUCCCCGGCCCGCCAGUAUUUCAUCCUGGCAUUCGGGGCGUCGGGCCGAGAAAAGGCGGGAGGCGAAGCCUACUUCUACCUGUGCUUCGACGACCACAGAAGGACGAGUAGAAAAGAAAAAAGGGAGAGAAGAGGCGAGAGUAGGAACGACGGCGUUGCGGCACAUGGAGUUGGCUAUGCGGCCGAAGAGUGCGUCUGCGCAGGGUCAGAUGAGGCAUGAGGGCUGGCAUGUGUGUGAGCAUACUGCUGCUGCUGCGGCGGGGAUGGACGGGAGUAAUGGGAAUACGACAGUGCCGCCGCGGGAAUCUGGGAGGGGAGGUGGGGAGGGGAAGAGAUAUGUACGGUGUACGUGCUGUGGGCGGGAAUAUCAGGCAAAGUCGCCGGCGGAGCUGAAGCCAAAUACAAAACCCAGCAUAUGUAGGGAUUGUGGAAGGAGGAUGAAUGUGGAACACGGUGAGAGCGAGGAGAUGAAAUUGUAG